UUAGCUUAUCAGAGCGAGUUGUGGCGAGUUGCUUUCCGACACCCGCAUAGUUAAGAUAAUUAUACUUGGAACAAAAGUUUGAUAAAAAUCGAUAACGAUGCACCCGUCUGGCCGCACUCAUUACGUAGAAGACCUUUGAGCUUCAAGUAUCUCAGCGUGUUGUGUUCAAAAGACUAGUGUUUGAAAAAAUGGGCGCGAAUCACGAAGUUUUACAAGUGGUGUCUGGAUGGCUAGCGGUGGAGUUAGUGUUAAAGUGUAUUUUCGCGGGCCUGUGGCAGAUAAUGCAGAUCGCUGUGAAAAGGUUAUGGAAAGGCCAUCGCAGGAAAUCGUCCAAAAAUUCUGCGCCGGUUGAACUUAGCGUCGAUUCUUCUAUCGGCACUCACUGUUAUAUUAAAAUCAUGGGCGUGAAAUAUCAUUACGUGGAGACUGGACCGAAGUCAGGUCAACUAGUCCUCAUUUUGGGAGACGCACCAGAUGCGGGCCACUUAUGGUGUCCUAACUGGUGCAACGUGGUGCGCAGGCUAGCAGAGUCUGGGUACCACGUGAUUACCCUGGAUCUAAGAGGCACUGGAGGGAGUGAAGGAGGUUGCCGUAACGACCUCUCACCUCCAAGAGCAGUGGAAGAGCUGUCAACACUCGUGAAGGCUCUGGGGGUGUCUGAGAGGCGACCUGCUGUUAUUAUAGGGUUUGGAAUUGGAGGCAUGUUGACUUGGUAUCUAGUCCACUGCUACAGUAAACUGAUCAGUAAGUUUGCCGUAAUAGGAGCUCCUCAUCCGAAUCUCUACUGGCAGUAUCCACCGACCGCCUUCUGUCAGAAGGCACUCCAUUUUAUACAGUGGCCAUGUCUCCCAGAAAAGUGGUUGGCAGAGGGAGAACUCCAGGAGAACGAAGAAGGAAGAUGGACCAGCUCGCGCGCCUGCGACUGGACCGGUGCCUUGAACUAUAUUAGAGGGGCAGCAUGGUGGCAGAUUAAGCCUUCAUCUCGCGCAUUCCCGCCGGCGCUGCUCGUGGGGUCGCGCGGCGAGGCGGCGCAGCUCGUCAGCAGCGCUCAGCACUGCGCAUGCUCCACGCUGCGACUCGUCGAGAAUCCUACACCAGAGGACCCUGACCUUCCAGCAGUUAUGCUAGAGUUCCUUGUCGCUAAAGAAAAGGAAAAGCCUAUAGAAGAUGUUCCAAAGACACUGAUGGGCAGGAUGCUGGGCGCCGUUGCCGGCAGAGGGAGGGAACUCACAGCCAGGCUAGUCCUCCAACCAGCUCAGGCUUGAACUUAAAUCCACCAAGAGACUUUCUAAAUUAUGUCUAUACGUACAGUAGAGGUUCUCAAGUACAUAAAAAAACGACGACAGCCAUCCAUCAUUUUGGAUACCUUGAAAUGCUGCGUCUCUAAUCUGUAAACGGCAGAUUGCAAGUGCCAAUUUCCAGAAAAAGAUGAAAUAAGUCGGAACAAGGUUAGGUUGUAUAUUUUUUGUGGCAGAAUAAGGCUUACUACCUUAGGUAUAAGAUAAUUUAAGUAAAAAAAUAAACGAGGAAAAAUACAAAUUAUAUUUCUGUUUACUCAUGUCCCACUAGAAAUCUUCUAGUGUCGUGAUGGCAUGUGAACUGAAAAUGCUUGCCUCGACUGGGUUUUGAAGCUGAAAUCCGCCGUUUCGAAGGCAAAGCGUAACUAGCUUGAUAUUAUUUUUAUGUUUUGUUUUAAUUUUAAAUUUUAUUUGUAUAGUUUAUGAAAUAUUUUAAAGCUAGUUUUUGUAUUUCAUAUACAAAUUAACUUUUAAAUUGUUAUAGUAAUAUUUAAAUUUGUACAUAUAGACAUAGCAAGUAGGAAUAUAGAUAUUAAAAAAAAGUUUCUCAAAAUGCAUGACAAGUUUUACGUUUUACGGUAUUUGUGUUUGUUUCACUGUUAUUAAUGUACAUAGUAUUAUAGCUGUUUUCUUCUAGAGUCUUAUUAAAGGCUAGGAAAUCAUGUCAAAGCGAUAUUGUUCUAGUUUUGUCGCGCUUUUGAUAUGUUCGUCUUAAGAUUUAUUUUUUAUAGGAGACGUUUUGAGAAUUUUCUCCGCUACCCUUACCAUCUUAUGUUAAAAUUGGCAUUAGUGUUAACGAAUUAAUUGUAAAAUGUAAAAUACUUUUUAAUUUAUAUAUAAAUUACGGACUAACAUGUAAAACUUUCCGAUUAGGUUACUUAAAUUAAAAUACAAUUUUUCAUACGAUUAAAAAUUGUAUAUAUUACUAUACUUUGAAAUAGAUUUUAUACCAUAAAUAUAAAAAAUACCGUGAAAAUUUUACCGAAGCCACCAGUGUCGUAACGAUAGUCGCAUCACUGGCAAAUCAACUACCCCAGCUUCAGCGAGCUCCGCAAUUUUGUAAAAACGAUUAUUUUAUUUAUUGGGACCUACAAACAAUAUUUUAAAAGGGGUCUCAUUUAAGUAAUUUGCCACGUGCCUUUACUAUGUACCCGAGUGGCGAGUGAUAGUUGACGCAAUGACGACCGACGCAUAAUCGCGACUGAUAUAAUCUGUUUUGUGUGAAACCUAUCUUAGCUGAUAAUACGGUCAAACGACAUAGGUGCCUCUUUGAGUAUUUUAGUUUCAUUUAUCCAAGGCAUAAUAUAGUAUUUAAAAACUCGGUGCUCGGGAACUGCUAAACCAAAUAUGUAUGUGCCAUUAUUUAUGUAUUACGGCUUCGGUUAUUAAGACUUAUAAUAAUUUUCAUUUUUAUGCUCGAAUUCUCAUAAUUGUAUAUUAAUGUAAUGUCAUUAUUAUUUGUUAAUACAUGUUUAAUUUUUUAUGACUU